CCGAGUUGAGCCGUUCCAGUGAUCGGUGGUUUCGUUUCGUUGCGCUCGAUCUCGAAACAGAACUACGUGCCGCCGUGCCGUUGAGGUUAGGUUCGUCGUUGGUAGGAAAAGCAAGGGCAAAUCAUGCGGUGCCCGCUGGCACUGGUGUUGUUACUGGCAGUCGUUGUGCCUAGUGUACGGUUGGCACCCCAGCGAAGCAUCGAUUUUCUGUUGGGUGAUGAAGAACUGCAAGCAGUUGUGAAACCCAUAGCGGCCCAACCUGAAGUGCCUCCCAUCGCCGAGCAGUUUGAUGGCGACCAACAGGAAAGGGAGCCUCCCGUGGUACAAGCCACGGUCGAUCCCAUCGAAAAUGAUCAACAACAACAAACGGAAGAUUCCGCAAACGAUGUGACGGAUGAAGCACCGGACGAGGAAUCGGUAACCGAUGAGCCACAGCAAGAAGAGCGCUCGGAACAACCUGCCGUGGACGGGGCGGAAGCGAGGGACAUUGCAACCACCUCAACCCCGGUUGUGACGACAUCCUCAGCAGGUGCUACGACCCCUCUUUUGGAUUCUUCUACAACUCCCAGUGAUUCCGAAAAGAAUAAUUCCGCCGAAGAACAGUUAACAACAAACCCCAUCGUGGUGCAGGACACGGAAGAACAGAACUCGACCGAAUCCAGCGAGGAUUCUAACCAACUUGCUCAGGAUGUCAAUAGCUUCAUUCAGGAUCUCGCAAACGAAGUGAGAGCUGGUCAGGAAGGUCAGCAACCGCAGCCAACGGUAGACACGAAAGGUCCAGAGUAUUUAACGGAACGAAGUGAGGGGACGACUUCCCUACUGCCAAAGGCUGGUGUUCCCGUGUACCCAACCGUAGCACCGAAUGUGCCGGACCGUCAGGGAGAUGGCCCAACAUCGCUGGAAAGCAGCGAAGAGACCGAUGCGCAGGAGCAACUGAAAGUGGAUCCCAAUAACGACCAACAAAAGACCAGUGGACCUUCGCUAACCGAGGAUCAGUUUCGCUCUCUGAUUGAAAAGCUGCGCUGGUACGAUCAGCCACGGUUUGCAGAGUUUGAUCAAUGGCAACAUCAACAGUUUCCUCAACGGUCCAACUGGCAGCAGCGGGACGAACGACAACAGCACUAUCAAAGCCACGGCUCCGAAAGUUUUCACGGUCACGGAUUUCACCGGACCGCUUGGCAUUGACGCACGAAAGUCGCUAUGCUUUCUAUAAAACCGACCGUACAAGAGGCCCAAAAUUGCAGAUAGAUUGUACUGAACGACAUUAGUAAAAAGUGCAUCAGAGGGAGGUUGGCCCGGUGCAUACUAGAGAAUGACGGAUAACGACGGAAAACUGUGAUUGUUGUUAGCAGAAGGGUGACGCAUUGGUCACCGAUAAUAAAUUAAUAUACGAUGAUUAACUACUGUUGUAGAAGGUCCCAUUGGCGCACAGAAACUGGCACACGAUGACUGGCGCAGCAGCAGAGGUCUACCAUAUUUACAUCCACGACGUGGAACUGGUUCUGGCGACAUCAGAAAUAUGCGUUAGUCAGCGGUGUUCCGAUUUACUACGCAUCAAAAAGCGCAACACGAGAGCGAGAUGGUGUGUUUUGUUCGCGCUAGUAUUUAAAAGUGUUUUGGCCGCUGAAUUCUACGCAUGGUUGACGCUAAGGAAUGGCAAAGAAUUAGCGGUGUUA